UCAACAAAAAUAUUUGAUUAUAGUAGAGCCGCUGCGUGGUUGAUGUCUGCCAAAAAUAGUCGCACGUGGUUGACGAUAUUAAUUACUUGAAUUUAUUUCAUAUUAAUAUUUAGCACUUGAGAUCCUGCUUUCAAGGAAUUGGCCUUGUCAUCUUUGUCAGAAUUUAUUUAUUCUUAUUAUAGAGAAUUUAUCUUUUUCCUAUUUAAUUUCUCAUCAUAAUCCAGACAAUCGGAAAGUGCGAAAAGCUCCCUGGGAGCUCUUCGGUAAAGGAUCUGUAAAGGAGAAAGUUUGUUGGAAUCGUUUGGCAGUAUCAAGCUGAAGUAUAUAUUGACUCUGAAUUAUUUUCUCGUGUGCAGUCCCUCAUGUUUUUGUCAGCCCAUCGAUACGCACGGUUGCGCGCGCGCCUCUGUGUGAGCACACAUACACAACGAUGCAUUUGGAGCGACCUUCCUAUCCAAAGUAGCUUCUCCGGAGGGUUCGUAGGCUGGGUGAGGGUAGCCUGUGCCGGAAUGGCAGCGGAGAGCAUCGAGUCAGUUGGUGUAGAGACCUCACCAAGUGCACCCGCCUGCGUGUCUAAUGUCAGCCCGUCCCGACCUGUCAAUCCGCUCGACGUGUCGUCGGUAUACACGCGUUAUCCGAUAUUUUAUCCAUUUACACUUUGACACGGGAGAUGUAAAAUGUCGCGGCGAGACGCCGUAAGGCAAAUCGCUCUCGUGAUAUGAUCGGACUGUUCGGAAAAAAAAAAAAACUCCUCAGGGACGACACACCAUCGCGCGCGCGAUUUUGUUUAUUCAACGGAGAUUCGGCCAGUUUUUCUAACAAUCCUCGACGCUUCAAAUGACGAACUCUGCAAUUAUUGAUCACUGUUUUGGAGCUGACAGUUUUUAUAGAAAGUUUCUUGUUUUCUUCCUGGAUUUAUGUCUUUCCCACCUGAAAUGAUGUCGUACGAUUAUCCUCAUCCGGUCUCGAGAACAUACCAAUACAAGAAGAUAACGAAACCGCUCCUGGAAAGGAAGAGGCGGGCGCGGAUAAACCGUUGCCUCGACGAACUCAAGGAUCUCAUGGUGGACGCGUUGGAGACCGAGGGGGAGAACAUUAGCAAGCUGGAGAAGGCGGACAUUCUCGAGCUGACGGUGCGUCAUCUGCAGAAGUUGCAGGCUUCGCGGUCCUCCGGAUUAUCGGCGACGAUUGCGAGCGGCGACGAAAUUUCCGCGGAGAGCCGUUGGCAGUCCGGAUUUGGGCAUUGUGCGGCGGAAGCCUGCAGAUUUCUCUCGUCGCUUCCAGGUGAAGCCGCGGAGAGACUGGCGAGACACCUCGCAGCUGGUCUCCAAACGGGCCGGCAAACAAAUUCACCGCCGAAAGCCAACCUGUUAUCGCCUACCCUGGCCAAUCUGGAUCGCAUCGCCAACAUCGUAGCACCUUGCGACGUCGGCACCUCUGUCGAAAUUGACUCGGCGAUUCUCUCCACAAACACGUCGCCGAUAAGAUCCACGCCUCACGCCGAUAAAACUGUCCGCGAUGCAGGCGCGUCGGCGACAACCGUUUCCUCCAUGCCUCGAUCCCGCGCCUCGAUGUCGCUCGUUAAUGGGAGUGAGAAAUUAACCGUAAAUUGCAGUGCCAAAUCGAAGAGCCUGAGGGACCGGCGACAGCCGACGAUGACAACGACGACAACAACGAUGAGAAAUAAAACGAACGAUCCGCAAGACAUUAACGCCGAUGACGAUGAAGAAAUCGACGUCGAGCGCGUGGACGAUCGUGACCCGAUGUGGAGACCCUGGUAGCACGAAUACACUUUGUAAUAUGAAAUGAAAUGCAUUCUUUUUUUCACGUUUUAUUUGGGAACUUGGCGUCACUUACGUUACGUGUAUGUGUGCUUUAAUACAUUGAAGAAAAGUCGAUUUUCUUAUUAAUAAAAAUAUAAGAUACCAAAUAAUCUCUCUCUCUCUC